GCGCUCAUUUUCGGCAUGUUCGGCAUUGUUGUCAUGGUCAUCGAGACUGAGCUCUCCUGGGGGCUCUACUCCAAGGACUCCAUGUUCUCCCUGGCCCUGAAAUGCCUUAUUAGCCUCUCCACCGUGAUCCUGCUGGGCCUCAUCAUUGCCUACCACACACGGGAGGUGCAGCUCUUUGUGAUCGACAAUGGAGCUGACGACUGGCGGAUAGCGAUGACCUAUGAACGCAUCCUCUACAUCAGCCUGGAGAUGCUGGUUUGUGCCAUACACCCCAUCCCUGGGGAGUACAAAUUUUUCUGGACAGCCCGCCUGGCUUUCUCCUACACACCUUCUCGGGCAGAGGCGGAUGUGGACAUCAUCCUGUCCAUCCCCAUGUUCCUGCGCCUCUACCUGAUCGCUCGAGUGAUGCUGCUGCACAGCAAGCUCUUCACCGACGCAUCCUCACGCAGCAUCGGGGCCCUCAACAAGAUCAACUUCAAUACUCGCUUCGUCAUGAAGACACUCAUGACCAUAUGCCCCGGGACGGUGCUGCUGGUCUUCAGCAUUUCCCUUUGGAUCAUCGCUGCAUGGACAGUCCGUGUGUGCGAGAGGUACCAUGACCAGCAGGAUGUAACCAGCAACUUCCUGGGUGCCAUGUGGCUCAUCUCCAUCACUUUCCUCUCCAUCGGCUAUGGUGACAUGGUCCCCCACACCUACUGUGGGAAGGGAGUCUGCCUCCUCACUGGCAUCAUGGGUGCUGGCUGCACGGCACUGGUGGUGGCUGUGGUGGCCAGGAAGCUGGAGCUCACCAAAGCUGAGAAACAUGUCCACAACUUCAUGAUGGACACACAGCUGACGAAGCGGAUCAAGAACGCGGCAGCCAACGUCCUGCGGGAAACGUGGCUCAUCUACAAGCAUACCAAGCUGCUGAAGAAGAUCGACCAUGCCAAAGUCAGGAAGCACCAGAGGAAGUUCCUACAAGCCAUUCACCAGUUGCGGAGUGUGAAGAUGGAGCAGAGGAAGCUGAGUGACCAAGCCAACACCCUUGUCGACCUCUCAAAGAUGCAGAACGUGAUGUAUGACCUCAUCACCGAGCUCAACGACCGCAGCGAGGACCUGGAGAAGCAGAUCAGUGGCCUGGAAUCCAAGCUGGAGCAGCUCAGUGCCAGCUUCAACUCCCUGCCACUGCUGAUGGCUGACAUGCUGCGGCAGCAGCAGCAGCGCCUGCUCACUGCCGUCCUGGAGGCGCGGGGGGUUGGAGUGCCAGUGGGCACCCCCCAAACGCCUCUCUCUGAGAGCCCCAUUGGGGUUAGCUCCACCUCCUUCCCCACCCCUUACACAAGCUCAAGCAGCUGCUAAAAUGCAGCCCCUCAGCCCCCUGUGGACAGGGGAAGCAAUUUCCAUACAGGUCACGAGGUCUCCGUGAACUUUCUUCUGGUCCUUGAACCACUGCAGGACCCUUCAGCCGGAGCCGGUGGGACCAGCAGUGCCGAGCAAUGCUUGGAGCUUUGCCAACGCCUUGGUAUCGGGAAUCGCAUCCCUGUUCAGGUGCCUCUACACGUGGUGAAGGAAAGGGGACAGGAGGUGACGCCUCGGGCCAGCCCAUGCCGUGGUGUCUGGUGGCAGACAGAAAACCCACGCUCAAUCUCAGGUCUUCACAUUUGAAAACAAAACAAAACAUCAAGUCAGAAGCACUGAAGCAACGGAGACACCAGAGGGAGAGUUUUUUUCUGUGGGGCACUCCCCUCUCACCACCUCCAAGCCCCACCAGGCGGAUGCCAACGUAGGGAUUCCUUACACAGGCUCUGGCCGAUGCUGCCCACGCUCCAUCCCAUAUCCUUGCCAGGACCCACAAGAACCCCCCCUCACAUUGCCAGCUGGGUGACGGUUCCUGGCUGUAACCUGCCUGGGGGGGUUCUCUGGAGCUCUGAGUGUUUUCUGUCCAGGGAAGAACAAGGAACACUUCUUUCUGGUCCUCAGUGUUUUAUCCUGUCUGGAGACAUGUGCCAGAGCCAGGACAGCAGUGCCUACAGCGUGCAGGGCCGCGCAGGGCUGCCCCUGGCCAACGCACCGGUGGCCAGUGAUGGGGCUGGCGGGCCAGCCCUGGUGCCAGAGAGUCUUCAGGUGCUCACAUCACUGCCUUCUGGGAGUCCCCCAACACUUUGAGAAGGCAGUGGGUUCUUUGAGCUAGCCUCAGAAGUACUGGAUGGAACACUCCAUCAGCUCCAACCAUCUCCACUUGUACCAGGAACAUCCACACUUGAGCCCAGCUGGCAGUGUCAAAUCCACUGGGGCCGAGCGGGACCUCACUGGCAAGUGAUGUGGUAGCCAGGGUGGGUGCUUCAUCUGUUUAAAACAAAGCCCAUCACCUUCAUGCCACUUCUGCUGGGUUUGGUGGGGAGCAGCAGCACCCUCUGGAACCAUCUCGGCAAUGGCACUGCCACCCAUGCCUGACAAAGUGCAGCCCCUCAGGCUCCAUUUUACUUUUUUGCUGGUGUUCAGCUUCCUGAGGUACCCUGGGCAUCAUUUGGCUGCUUCUGGAACCAGCUACUUUCAGUUCUUCUUUCACCUUUUCUCCCUUUUUCCUCCUCAGUUCUGCUUUCCUGAGUCCAUGCAUGGAGACCUGCAGGGCUCUGACUCUGGGGCUGGUGUUUGCUGCUUUCCAUGAAAACUCAGCAGAGAAUAUUUAUAUAUUUUUAAACAGAUGAAGGAACCGCGUAAUUACUCUGUGCUAUUAAUUACACCUCACCCAGCAGUGUCAGUAAUUGUAAUCAAAGUCACUGUGUUACUCCAGGUAUACUCAGCCUGUAAUGUUAUUCUUUGUAACUUUUUCCCUUCCAUAAAUAACGCUGGAUUUUGUGCACAUGUAGGGGCAGAGGUACACCACCCUCUCACACCACCACUUCCCCACAGCCAAUGCCGAGGAAUUUCUUUGCUGCCGGUGGUGUGAGGUGGUUAUACUCCUUGUGCCCUGCAAUUAGAGUUGCAUAGAAAACAAGCAGUAGUUAGUGAGGAGGGCUGCCAGCCCACUGGCCCCAGGAGGAGGAGGACGAGGAGGAGGAG